UAGCCCCCUCUCUUGGGCAUUUUGCAAGUCAGUAAAAAAAAAUCAAAUCAAGAAGAAAUAGGAUAGGCUUAAAGUCCAAUCCCAAAGCAAGGACGAUUUAUCGAAACUGCAACAGUCUCUCUUCACUUUCAUUUCUCAUUCACACUUCGCAUUUUCUUAUACUUCGAAUUAAGCACUACCCAGAAAUCAAAAACUCAUCUCUUUUUCACAUAAACCAAACAACCCCAAAAGAGAAAUAUGAUCUUUAAUGCCAAGACUAUAUUAUCUGCAGCUGCCUCAGCAGCCGCCACGGCGGUGCUUGUUCGGAAACUUGCACGUGACUAUUUGCCUUAUGAAGUACAAUCAUACUUGUUCUUGAAGCUUAGAGAUUUCAUUUCAGGAUUCUCUAAUGAGUUGACUUUAGUUAUUGAAAAAUAUGAUGAUGGUCUUCAUCACAACAAGCUCUUUAGAGCUGCAAAGCGUUAUCUGGAACCAAAGAUUCCCCCUCAUGUGAGAAGAAUCAAAAUCCACUUGCCAAACAAAGAAACCAAGGUUUCACUCUCUGUGGAAAAGAAUGAAGAGAUUGUUGAUAAAUUUAAUGGGGUUCAUUUGACAUGGAGAUUUGUAUCAAAACGAACCUCAUCAAAGGCCGUCCACGGCCCAGACUAUUUCGGCUCAGAGGUUCGGAAUGAGGCUAAGUAUUUUGAGCUGAGUUUUCAGAAGAAGCAUAAAGAUAUGAUCUUGGAGAAAUACAUACCUCAUGUCAUGAUGAAAUCAGCUGAAAUAAACAGGGAAAAGAAGACUCUGAAGCUUCAUACAUUGAGAUAUGAUCGGAUGUAUGGAAGGAAAUCAGAUGUGUGGCAAUCAGUGAAUCUAGAUCAUCCAGCAACUUUUGAUACUCUAGCGAUGGAUUCGAAUUUGAAGGAAAAGAUAAUGGAGGAUCUGGAGAGGUUUGUGAAGAGGAAAGAGUUCUAUAAGAGAGUGGGGAAGGCAUGGAAAAGAGGGUACUUGUUGUAUGGCCCUCCAGGUACUGGCAAGUCAAGCUUGAUUGCUGCAAUGGCAAAUUAUCUCAACUUUGAUAUUUAUGACUUGGAAUUGGCAAGUGUUGGGAAUAGUGAGUUCAGGAAGUUGUUGGUUACCACGGAGAAUAAAUCCAUCCUGGUUGUAGAGGACAUUGAUCGUUCGCUGGAGUUGCAGGAGCGGCUUGCAGAGGCAAAGAAGACUGUUGCUACCUGUUCGAAUCCUAGUCACAGAGCUGGAUUAAAUCAAGCAAAUAAGUUUCGGAUGACAUUAUCAGGAUUGCUAAAUUUCCUAGAUGGGUUGUGGUCAAGCUGUGGAGAUGAGAGGAUUAUAAUCUUCACCACCAAUCACAAACACAAACUUGACCCUGCAUUGUUACGGCCUGGUCGCAUGGAUGUGCAUAUCCACAUGUCCUAUUGUACACCAUUCGCAUUCAAAGUGCUGGCCUCCAAUUACCUUGGGAUCGCAGGGCAUCCACUUUUCACAGAGAUUGAAGAACUGAUAGAGGAAACUAAGGUGACUCCAGCAGAGAUUGCCGAGCAGCUGAUGAGGGAUGAGGAAGUAGAAAACACACUCAGAGGCCUGAUUGAGUUUCUUGAAGAUAAGAGGGUGAAUGAAGAAAAUCAGGCCAGUGAAGCUAAAAUGGUAACAAUAGUGGAAGAAGAAGGAAUGAAAGACCAGCCUGAAGGAAACACAGUUCGAAAAGAGGAGAAGAAAAAUGGAAGAACAAAUGCUGUAGAUUAACAAAAUAUAGUGGCAGACUCUUGCCCGGAAUAUUAUUGCUAUCAUAUUGGAUAAAAAAUAAGAUCAGAAGAACAAUUAAUAGCAUAAUUAUCCAUGAAUAUAUAUAACUCAGUUAUUCAAAA